CAAAAGUCGAUUAUUAGAUCUCUGAGCCGGACAAGUUUUUAGUCACUUUUAACGCAUUUACGUAAAUUCUGUGAUUAACAAGGAAAAAGUUUAAAAUUUUCAAUUAAACUAUAAGAUGUCCCGUAACCUGCAAAGAUUUUUCAUAAAUUGCCGUAACCAUCUCACUGGCCGCACAGGAGUAUUUAAUAAAACACAAAGUUUGGCAGUGCAACAAUGUCGUUUAGCCGCAACAGAUCCCGUUAAGGGAAAAGGCCCGAUUUCUUGGAAAAGUUUUGCUGCCAUAGGUGGUUUGGGAGCCGUGGGUUUAGCUUUUAUGCUGUACGUUAAACACGAAAAGGAGGAGGCCAUUUUGAAGGAACGUAAACGUCAGUUGGGUAAGGCUGCCAUAGGAGGACGCUGGGAGUUGAUUGAUGCCCAAGGUAACUUGAGAAAGUCGGAAGACUUUUUGGGCAAAUGGCUUUUAAUAUAUUUCGGUUUCACUCACUGUCCCGAUAUAUGCCCCGAUGAAUUGGAAAAAAUGGCUGCUGUGGUUGAUGAAAUUGAAGCAUCCCCUCAAAACCUGGAAGUUCAGCCCAUAUUUAUAACAGUUGAUCCAGAACGUGACACCAAAGAAGUUGUGGCUAAAUAUGUCAAAGAAUUUUCACCUAAAUUGUUGGGUCUUACCGGCACUGUGGAACAAAUAAGCAAAGUUUGCAAAGCAUUUAGAGUUUAUUUCUCGGCCGGUCCUCGUGACCAAGAUAACGAUUAUAUUGUUGAUCAUACAAUUAUUAUGUAUUUGGUAAAUCCUGAUGGUGAAUUUGUCGACUAUUAUGGACAAAAUCGUGACAAAGAUCAGUGUGUUAGUUCAAUAUUAAUGAAUGUUGCGAAAUUUAAUGCUAUGAAUAAGAAAUCAUGGUUUAGUUAAACCAUAGGAAAAGGUUAUACCUUUUUUUUUUUUUGAAAAUAUGCUGUUAUCUGUACAAAUGAUUUGUAUAUGAAAUUUAUUUAAAUUUAAGUCGCUUAAUCGCAUUAACGUUUUUGUGAAAUAAAACAUUUUUAAAAUAGUAAUA